UCAAAAUGUAAGAUGGCGAAUCACUACGAUGUGCCGUCUUGGGCCGGAAAGCCUCCUGUCGGACUGCAUCUUGACGUUCUGAAAGGCGAGAAGCUUAUACAGAAACUCAUGAUAGAUGAGAAGAAAUGCUACCUUGUUGACGGAAACCCAGAUCUGAACGACUUCGUCAUCGACCACCAGUCGUGCUCUCGUGUCCACGCUGCGCUUGUCUAUCACAAACACCUGCAGAGGGCAUUCCUGGUCGACCUGGGAAGCACACAUGGAACAUUCAUUGGCACCAUUCGGCUCGAGCAGCACAAGCCCACCCAGCUGCCCGUGGACAGCAAGUUCCACUUCGGUGCGUCCACGCGCCUCUACAUCCUGCGUGAACGGCCCCAGAAGGUGGCCGCGCGGCAAGGCGACGAUUCAACCGUGAUGGAGGAAGUGGAAGGUGGUCUUCUCGGCCUCCCCGAGACGGAGACCGAGCUUGAUAAUUUGACCGAAUACAACACUGCCCACAACCGGAGAAUAACGAUGCUCGGUAUCCCUGAUGAAGAGCUGAAACCGCCAAACAGGAAGCAGAAGAACCUCAGUGUCAAGUUCAAUGAGGAGGAAGACGUUAUUAAUCCGGAGGAUGUGGACCCAUCAAUUGGAAGGUUUCGCAACUUGGUCCACACUGCAGUCAUCCCAAAAAAGAAGGCAAAGAUGGACACCGGAGACCCACUGAGCACUCUGCUGCCCGACUCGGACAAGUCGAGCAACAUGCACCUUUACUCAAAGCCCGAAUCUACGCACGUCUCUCACCUAAGUACCAUCUUCUCGCCAAUGCUUUCAGCCAAGCUUGGACUUCACCUGCCAAAUCCUGCACCCGAAAUCGAGCCAGCCGGUGCUCCUGUAGAGAACCCUGCUGCUGCGCCAAUAGUAACAGUGCAUCCAGCUGUUGCAGAUGCCAACCUACCACCGGAACCCAAGAAGAAGAAGUACGCCAAGGAAGCAUGGCCCGGAAAGAAGCCAGUGCCUUCGUUACUCAUGUGAAGGGUAGGAUUGUUGUGUGGCACCGCUGGCCUCAAUUCCUGUACUACGGGAAGAACAGUUCUGCUCGUGGUUAACUGCCAAAAAGGCACUGGACUAGCGCGUGGAAAAUGUGCGCUGGCUGCAACAAGUGCCUCAACAUAUUCGUGCGCUGCUCUGUCUUUUGGUCGGCAGAUACAAGAAACAAUUGACACCAGCAGCACAGCUCUACUACGGACACUCAGGACAGCUACUGCCUGCAGGCGGAACACCGGUGUGCUGCUUGGCGGCUCGUCUCUUCUUGUGAUUGGCAUUGCCAUGUCGCGGUGGAGCAGUUGUGAAAGAUUGCGUCGCUGAAUGUACACCACUUGGCUGCUUUUGGGUGGUCCUGUUGGAACAACUGUUACACUGUUCGUGGUAGAAUUUGUGCAUUGCUUGUCAGGGGUACCCAUGCAUAAUAUUGGUGAACUUAAUGUGCUGGGAUUUUUUAAAGCUGUACAGCUUUUGUUUGUGAUGUAAUUCCAUUACUUUAUUUGAACUACUGUAUUUGUCUGAAUUACACAUUGUCCAAAAACGAGCGUUGGCCUCUACAUUCACAGGCCAAUGCUGAACAAAACUUAUUUGGUGGUAGUGCAUGUACAUUGUAAGCACAGGUUCAGCUACAGUACUUAGGACAAUUGAUGAAGAUGUUAUUGAUCAAGGUCAAAGGCAGUACCAUCAUUUUACCUAUGUCAUAAACUGGAUAUUAUGGUGGUGAAGGGGUUAGUACACCCGUGGGCAUUUGGUGCCUUUGAUCAUGAGUUCAAAAUAGUUUUGUUUCGUGACAAUUAUUCGUAAUUUGCAUGUAAUUUUUUUUUAAAGAGGCCAGUCCUUAAGUGCAGUAACACGAUUGUAGUCGAACUAUGCUAGCUGCAGCGAGUGAUAUUUCUGAAAGUUUGCACAGUCUAAAACAAUAA